GAAAUAAACGAAGUUUGUGAAAGCAUUUGACGUCAGUGAUCAAGAACGCUGAUAAUUUUACGACGCAGAUAUCGCUACGCGGAAUAUCAAAAAAUAUUUUUAGUGAUUUAGAAAAAAGAUUGAUUAAACAUAUGAACGCACUUAGUGGUUUAUGGUUUAAAAUACGACCUAGAGAAUAUCAGUAGGCCCAUAAUGGGCGGGGUCGUGGCUUGGGUCGAGUGAGAGACAUGGAGCGACCUCAGUGUUCUCAGUGGUGAGCUGCACGGCCAUCGCCGACCGUCGGUUUCGCCUAGCGCAACCAACGUAUUCUACUAUGACAUCGUUCUGAAAUCCCAGAUUAUCCCAGUAAAAGCUUUUCACGCUUGAACGUCAACCGUGGCUCGCGUGUCGGCAUCCCAUAGAAGAGGAGCGAUUCCGACGAAUACGUUUUUUCCUUCGAAACGUAUGCGCAGGCUGAUUGAAUUGAACGACAGGAGAACGAGAGAAGAGGACGUCUCCGAAGGAGGCAAUGACUUGGUUGUUGAUCGUCAACGUUUAAUGCAUCUGGAUCUGUCGUAACUUUAACUAACUGUGAAUAUACAGGGUGUCUCAAAAUAUAACGGCAAAUGGAAAUCGUAAAUGAGUUUUUUGAUUCACGAAGUAACCUUGGAAUGAUCUUCAAUUAAAUUUAAAAAGGAAAAAAAAAAAAAGAAAGAAAUCUUUCACGACAUUUGGAAAUGAUCUCGGAUUAAAAAAAAGAAAAAAACAACAAAUCAAAGAAGAAAUUAAAUUAUCUUAUGCGUGCUUCAUCUGGAAAUAAUCUCUAGAAAUGAUAUUAUUUUCGAAUAAACAAAAUAGAAAGAUUUUGGAACACCCUGUGUAUAACAUCAACGAGAAAUUUCAUUCGUGCAUCACAAAACUAGAUAAUAUCUAACGAUUAAAAUCCAUAUUUGAAUCCAUAAAUGAAUUCCGAAAAUCUCCCCUCCCCCUCUACUUCUUUUUCUUCCUCUUAUCUCUUUUCUUUGGAUUUUGACGAUCCACAAGAAAUAAAAUCGACGCACGGUUUGAUUUCGUAAAUAUUCUCCACGGAAUUAUUAAACGCGAUUUGCAUGUGUCGUGAUUCGCUCCUUUUCACGACUUGCUCUGCGAACAUGAUGACGAGGGUGCAAACGUUUGCUAAUGGCGAGCGAGAGAAAUAAGAAUCAACGUAAGAAAGUAGAAAAAAAAAAGAAAAAAAUAUGGUCGAAAGAAAUCAAGAAAUAAAUAAAAAUUGUUACCUAUAUAGAGGCUAGGUGGUGGAGAGAUUGUAUUUUUUACAUCCAAACUUCUCGCCACUUCUGAGUGCUCGGAAGAAGCAUGUGAAUGUUUAUUUCGAACUUUGCCAACGAGUACGAGACGAUAUCUCGAAAUAGAAAUUGCUGUUUCUAUCGUUAAUUAUAAAUGAAUUAUUUUAGUCGAAGUGCAAAUUCGCCAGGUGCAAUCAUAAUUUAAACUAUACGAUUAUUAUUUUUUUAAUAUAUCAUAUAAUUUUUACAUAUCGUCAAUUUUUUACGUAUUAUAGUGCAUGGUAUGAUGCUCGUUUCUAAAUUCAUUGUUAUUGUACUUAGUACUUAGCUUAAGAAAUCAUUUUGAUAUAUCAUGCAUUUUGUUCAUGUUAUCCCCUGAUAUCCUCUGAAAGUGUAAUUCUUUCGCUUUUCUCCUCUUUUCUUUUUUCCUUUUUUUUUUUUUUUCCUUUUUUAAUUUAUUCAUCAUAGUAUUACAACCUUUGCCUUUCUCUUAUAAAGGGAAAACGCGUAUAUAUUGAAAUAUAAUAUAAAGAAGAAAAAAAAAAUCUCUUCUAUAACGAAAGUGCAGGGCCCCUUAGAUUGGUAUUGUUGCCCCUGGCGUUUCGAGCAGCACUCGAACAUGGCGGUGAGCUCGGAUGUUCUUUCGACAUUUCGAAAGAACGGCGCGCGAGGUGGAAAUCACCUCUCGUUCAUCUAGCCUCUUCUCGCCGUGUAACGUUCGAAUAUCUCGCCAGGUUCUCUCUCAAUAGCCGAAGUCGAAGGAGUUAACGUGGGGCGUGCACGUUUCGAACGAAGGGGCCAGAAACGUGUGCGAGGUCGGGCAAAAUCGGUCGGCGAGGUUAACCUUCUCCUUGCCAUCGUGUCCUCCCGUUUCAACCACGAAAACGAAACCAACGGAGAGAGAAAAGGUGGAGCGAUACCGUGGUUCGUUGUCGAAAGAGAAAAGAAAAAGAAAAAGAAAAAAAGUAAGAGUGACGGAAAACGAGAGAGAGAGAGAGAGAGAGCGAGGGAAGGAGAGUGUGUGCGUGUGUGUGAGAGAGAGAGUGAGAGAGAGAAAGAGAGAGUGAGAGAGAGAGAUAAAGAGAACGAGGGUAGAAUAAUAGGAUCGAAACGAGCAGAGCGAAGGGGGAGGGAAUGAACGGCCCUGGGAGUCAUCAGCAUCGCGGCUUGGGCAUGCAGGGACGAUACAGGGCCGUAGUAACUGGUGGCACCCCGGCAGGGCCCCACUCUCGCCCCCCAGCGCCACCUCACGCCCGCGGUGGAUGGCAUCCCCAUAAUCAGCAUCCUCAGCACGCCCAGAUACCUCAGCAAUACACCGGCAACAAGGAAUACCCAUAUCGACAAUGUCCACCACCACGCUUCCAUAACGGGGAUUGUCCUGGCGUUGGUACGUCUACCGGGCCAAACGGUAAGGAAGUUUCGUAUCACGGGAACGUAGGCGGGUCUAGUGUGGGAUAUAAACCGCCUCCGCAGCACAGUCCACAAUCGAGAGGUCCACCGACGCAUUUUCCACAAGAAUCCGUGGGUCCACCGGCCAAUUCCCCUCCGUUACACAUCAAUAUCUGCGGCCAAGAGAACACGAUGCGCGGUCCAUUAUUGAACAUGAGUCCAGGUCUCGGAGCUAGCAAUGUUGAUAUGGAGUAUCGUAGGAGUUCCCAAGCCACAAAUCAGUUACCCUUGAGUCCUGUACAAAUACAACCAUCGCCACCAUAUUACAGACAACCUAGUCAAGACGAUGGUAGAAAGAGCGAGUCUCCGUCUAGGAAACGUCGUCGAAUAUCUCGUAACGGUGCCGUCUCUGGUAUAGAAGUUCGUGAAACAACACCACCGUCUCCUACACCGCCAUUACAUACCACUCCACCGCCAUGGGAAUUCUCAGCGGCGCCCCAGAGACGAUCGCCACGGAAUCAUAUGUCCACACGCGGCAGUCCAACUAUUAGAAAUCGUUAUCAACGAUACACGGAUUCAUUCGGCUUGUCCUAUCCGUUUGUGCCGGGUCACACUCCCCAUCCGCCCAUUCAUAAUUCCCAUCAUGGAAUCCAUAGUUCUCAUCACAAUAUUCACAAUUCGCAUCAUAAUUUACAUAAUUCGCAUCAUAAUAUACAUAACGCGCAUCAAACGCAUCCCCAUCAUCCACCGGGUACAGGACAUCAUCCUGCGCAAGGAGCAAACGGUCCUGUAGUUGUAGACGUUGGACAAGUUGGUGUUUCCGGUUUAGGAGUUGCUGUUAGCGGAGAACCGCUCUGGCAUCCUCAGGCGACAGGUUAUAGAAUUCCUUGCCAACUGCACGGCUUGUACACGCCAACCGGAGCACACGCGUUUGCACACUCGUGUCAGGUUACGCAUCAUAGUCACUAUUCAGCAGCUCACCCAACCCAUCCAGGUCACAGCUUGGUUGGUUCGAUAGUUGGCGCAACAUCCAGAGGAUAUCCUACACCAACCGGAGGUCCUGUAGCGGCUCUUCAUCAUGCUCACGCGCCACCACCACCCGUCCAUACUACUCAUUAUACGGCGCACCAUCAACUCUCUCAACAGCGAGAAGUUGAAUUAGAGUUAAUAGAAUCUCAUCAUCAUCAUAGAGUGGGAGCUACAGCUGGCGCCCCAUUACCAUUACCACAUUCGUAUUCACCGCCGGCUCUUACUCAAGUUACUACUCCUACUCCUACCCCUAUAUUCUUAUCAGAAACGAGAAACAGUCAAUUGGAAAUGAUUCAGACCAGGACUCGACGCACAGCGUCAAAUGUUCACACGCUCAGACGAUCAAGGUCGAGUAGAUGGAGAGGUACGCCUCCGAUACCACCGACUACUUAUUCAGGAUUCUUAUUGCACUUCUUCGCAAUGCUCAGCAACCCACCAUUAUCCCCAUAUAGUCAGGCGGAACUCUCCUCGCCAGAUUCAGCAACGGAAAAUUACGAAGCUCUUUUAUCUUUGGCGGAGAGGCUAGGAGAAGCUAAACCACGAGGACUGACUCGAGCCGAAGUGGAGCAAUUGCCAUCGUACAAAUUCAAUGCAGAAACUCAUCAAGGAGAUCAAACUAAUUGCGUGGUUUGCAUGUGUGACUUCGAAGCUUUGCAAUCGUUGCGUGUUUUGCCGUGCUCACAUGAAUUCCAUUCUAAAUGCAUCGAUAAGUGGCUUAAAUCAAAUCGAACAUGUCCAAUAUGUCGUGGUGAUGCCGGAGAAUAUUUUGGGAAUAGCGGAACCGGUAGCGACUGACGCCAAGCCGCUCAAAUACACUAGCGCCAACUAUCACGGGUCUCAGGGACGCUACUCGGUACAGAGCUUCCAGCAAUUACAUUGCUAAUUUGUGCAAAUUUUUGUUGACAAGUAUUUCUCGUCUUUUCUCUGACCGAGUUGUAUAUGUUACGAUCGCCUUGAUUUCGCGAAGAAGAAAGGAUUGAAAAUGGUUGAAGAAUGAAAAAUAAGAAAAAUACGAGAGAUAAAAAAGAGUAAAAUUCAAAGUAUGUCAGAGUGUUUGGUAUCGAGAAAAGGAUCACACACACGCAAUAAAGGUACACGAUUUAAAAUUACAGCAUGCAACAUUUUUACAAGGCGAAUUAACGUUUCUGCGUUUAUUCCAUUGUUUUUUUUCGGGAAUAGAGAAGUCGAAGAAAGAGGUUAGAAAAAAAAGAAUAAAUAAUAACAUAUAAUGAGCAAAUCAAGAUUAAAAGAAGUGAAGAAAGAGAGAGAUUCCGGAGAUUUAUUAAAAAUUAUCAAGCAUUUUCACGUCAGGAUCAAAGUCUGACUAUGUAUUCGUUUUGUUUCAUCGACGUGCUUCGAAUUUAGCUAUAUUGUGUUUAACACUCGUUUGUUGUUUUUUCUUUUUCGUGUUGCUACUUUGUCGAAGUUGUCGAAUUUAAUAUGUACAUAAUUACUUACAUAAUAUGCUAUUAUCGCUAUUUUCAUUAACGUUCCAGUUUUUAUUAUUAUUAUUAUUAUUAUUAUUAUUAUCAUCCAUCAUCCAUCAUCAUCAUCAUCAUCAUCAUCAUCAUCAUAAAUUAUUAUUAUUAUUAUUAUUAUUUAGCAUUAUUAUUAUUAUUAUUAUUAUCAUUAUUAUCAUUAUCAUUAUCAUUAUUAUCAUUAUCAUUAUCAUUAUUAAUUAUAAAUUAUCAUUAUUAAUUAUAAAUUAUUAUUAAUUAUAAAUUAUUAUUUAUAAAUUAUCAUCAUCAGCAUCAUCAUCAUCAUUAUCAUUAUUAUUAUCAUUAUUACUAUUAUUACUAUUACUAUUACUAUUACUAUUAUUACUAUUAUUGCUAUUAUUAUUAUUAUUAUUAUUAUUAUUAUUAUUAUUAUUAUUAUUGUUAUUAUUGUUGUUAUUGUUAUUGUUAUUUUUAUCAUUAUCAUUAUCAUUAUCAUCAUUAUUAUUAUUAUUAUUACUAUUAUUAUUAUUGCUACUACUACUAUUUCUACUAUUGCUACUACUACUACUAUUACUAGUACUUCUACUAUUACUGCUGCUUCUACUACUACUACUACUACUACUACUACUACUACUACUACUACUACUACUACUACUACUACUACUACUACUACUACUACUACUACUACUACUACUACUACUACUACUAUUACUAUUACUACUACUACUACUACUACUAUUAUUUUUAAAUUUUACUACUACUACUACUACUAUUAUUAUUAUUAUUAUUAUUAUUAUUUCUAAUGUUAUUUCUAUUAUUUCUAUUAUUAUCAUUAUCAUUAUCAUCAUUAUCAUUAUUAUUAUUAUGAUUAUGAUUAUGAUUAUUAUUAUUGUUAUGAUUAUGAUUAUUAUUAUUAUUAUUAUUAUUGUUAUUAUUAUUAUUAGUAUUAUUAUUAGUAUUAUUUUUAAUGUUAUUUUUAUUAUUAUUUCUAUUAUUAUUAUUUCUAUUAUUAUUAUUUUUUAUUAUUAUUUUAUUAUAUUAUUAUUUUUAUUUCUAUUAUUUUUAUUAUUUUUAUUUCUAUUAUUUUUAUUAUUCUUAUUAUUGUUAUUAUUAUUAUUAUUGUUAUUAUUAGUGUUAUUAUUAUUAUUACAAUUAUUAUUAUAAUUAUUAUUAUUAUUAUUAUUAUUAUUUUAUUUUUUUUAUUUUUACUACUACUAUUUCUACUAUUACUACUACUACUAUUACUAUUACUACUACUACUACUACUACUUCUACUUCUACUUCUACUUCUACUUCUACUACUACUACUACUACUACUACUACUACUACUAUUACUACUACUACUACUAUUACUACUACUACUACUACUACUACUACUACUACUACUACUAUUACUACUACUACUACUACUACUACUACUAUUACUACUUCUGCUACUACUACUAUUAUUACUAUUAUUAUUAGUAUUAUUAUUAUUAUUAUUAUUUUUUAAAUUUUAAUAUUAUUAUUAUUAUUAUUUUUUUUUUUUUAAUCCUACAAAUUGUACAUAUAUUAUACUCGCAUAAACGCGCUCCUAUUAAGAUAAUUCAUACACAUAUGUGUACAUACAGCCAAUCUAAUUUUGUAGGUAAUUUUUUUUUCUCUUGGGGAACUUAACCAAAUGUAGCGCGUAUAUUUUUUCUUUUCUUUUCUUUUUCUUGCAACAAACAGACCAAUGGUGUGUCACUAUGUCGAUUAAAUGGAUAAGAAGAAAGAAAAGAUCCCAACCUCCUAAGCUAUACAGGCUUUACAUGUCUUAUGUAGGUCGGAUGAUCUUUUGUCAUAUAAAUUUUUCUAUAGUUAUUAGCUACUCUAGUUAGAAAAGAAAAAAAUUAUUAAAUAAUUUUGUUAGAUAAUUAUUGAUAAAUAUUUUAUAAAUGAUUGGCAAAAUGUCCAUUUUAGGAAAAAAAAAGAAUUUGUUUUCUGUUUUGGCAAUAUGAAUCAAUUAUUUCUUUUUUCCGCCAUUCAGAAAACAAAAGAUAAAUUUUUUGAUCUUAUUGAUUUAAUCUUAUUAAUUCACACAUUAUCGUAGAACGUAGAAUUAACAGAGAAAAAAAGAUUAACGGACAAAUAUUUCGAAUCACGAAGGAGAUUAAAGAAAAAGAAGAAAUAAGAAAGUCAGGUUCUUCAGCAAUAGUUUUCAUGCAAAAAAAAAAAGAAGAAAAAAAAAGAAAGCUACAUAAAAAAAGAUACAAAACUGAAUAAAAGAAGAAAGAUAAGAAUACUGCUUCUGUUUCCUGCGUAUCUACCUCUAAAUAGAUGAAAUGAAACGAUUCAUAUUUUUUUAUAUACACAUCUCAUAAACAAUAAACAUAUGCUAAGAAAACCAAAAAAAGAGAAAGAAAGAGAGAAACCGAUGAAUAGAAGAAAAAGAAAAAACGAGGUAAUCGCGAUUUUUCGAAUUUUCACAAUAUUAAAAGUAACAAUUAAAUUAAAGAUUAAGAUUUAUCUGAUAAAAAGAAAUAAGAUAAUAUGUAUUUAGAAGUCCCUAACAGAAGGAAAGAAAGAGAAUCGGAAUACUACUCGAUUAAGCAUGUGUUUUAAGAAAGAAAAGAUUAGAUACGUUGUUAAAAGAAAUGUACGUUCCCGAGGUUUUCCGUAAAGGCCUUUCAUAUUAAUCACAAUUGAGCAACGCCACAUGGAAGAAAAGUGCGUUUAUUAUCGGAAAAUUCGCGUAAUUUUUAUUAUUAUUUGCAACAUUUGCAAAAUUAUUAUUAAUUAGUAAAUUUUUGUUAUGCUAGUUAAAUUAUAUUGUUUGAAAGUUUCAUACAUAAUUCUAUUCUAAUUUCUAAUAAUCUUUAAUAAAAUUAAAUUAAUUAAAAAAAUUAUUAAUUUUUUUUUAUAUCAUUGUCAAUUUCUUUUUAAAAGAUGAUCGAUGAACUAUUAAAUUAAUAAAAAUUCUAUUUGUUCUUUAUAUUAAUUAGAUUAGCAUAAUGGGAAAAAGUUACAUAGUGUUUCGUAUAAUGAAAGGUAAUGACCAAAUAUUAUCAAACGUAAUCGAAAUGGGCAAAAAAAGCGCAUGACAGCGCGAUCAUGUAUCUCUUCGAUCUUAUCCUUCCAUUUCUUAUCGCGUGCCUUUACUGUACCAACCGUAUAUCGGGAAAAAAAUAAUGAGAGUUUUCAUGCAAAAAAGUCGGAAAGAAGAAAUAUGUUAUUCCAUAGAGAAAAAUCAUUGACACGAAUCAUAUUUGUAAUUUCAAAAAAAAAAAAAAAAGAAAAGAAAAACAUAAUAAAGAAUUAUCAAACGUUUCAGGUAUUUCGAAAAAGUUUCUUACUUAUCAUCGCGUGCAUAAUCAUGAAGAAAUAUGUGUUUUUAAGCACAAAAGCAGGAUCACAUGUAACAUAUGGCUGGUAAAUUGAAAUUUUUCAUCAUUGUCCAUCCGCAUGUAAAUUAUUUAUAUGAUAAGAGACAAAAUUAAUAGAAUUUCAUUUUCGAAACAGAAAAUUUUGUUAUCAUGUGUUCUUUUACUUGAAAUAUUAUUUUUGUUGAAUGUUUAAAUGUUACAAUUAGAAUAUAAUACUUUGAUAGGAUAUAUAGAAUAUAUAUAAAAUAUAUAAUAUAUAUGUAUAUUAUAUAUUAUAUAUAUGUAAUAUAUAUAUAAUAUAUAGAAUAUUAUCAAUAUUCUUAUUUAUUCAAUCAAUAUUUAAAUACUUAAAAUUUCAUUGACUUAUAUAGUUCGUUUUCAACAGAUAGACACGAUGAACGAAUCAAUUUACUCUUAAACAAAACUCGUCCGUGCAACCGCAUAUACGUAAAACAUGUACUUUUUAAUAGCUUUGUACAGGUUUAAGGCUGCGUUCACAAGUGUUACUGGAUGAAAGUGACGUCGGAAACGAGUUAUAGCUUAUUCGAAAUCAAUUGGCCGCUCAAGGUUGUCUCAAGAUCUUUCCCCACUAUUGAUUUUAUUGUUUUAUAUUUGCUCAACUUGUUAUUUAUUUUAAAACCAGAGAACAAAAAUUAAUAAUUAACGAAGAAAGAUAAUAAUUAAUUGAAAAAAAUAAAUAAAAUACUUUAUAUAUUAAAUCAUAUAUGUAUGAAAAAGAAGGGAAAAAUGGCUUUGAGCGGGAAUAGAUGUCGAACAAAGAUAAAACAAUACAAAUCAAAAGAUUUUCUUACCAAUUGAAACUCAUUUAAAUUGUGUUUCGUUUUCGUGGACCGCAAAUUUUUUUCCAUUCAUAUUGUUUGUAUCGAUGUAUAAAUUCGUCGUUUAAAUCCGGCUCAUUAUAAAACACAAUAUCAAAAAAAAAAAAAACUCGUGUGUGAGUGUGCAUUCGUGUGUCUGUGUAUGUAUACAAAAGAAAACAAGAAAGAAGGGAAGAAAAGUAUGGAAGAGAGAGCGUUGAUUUUUUUCCUAGAUGCGUUAUAAGAGAACACAUAUCACUUUUCUUCAUCAGUUAUAUCAACGCGUCUUAUACACUCUCCCUCUUCGUCGCAUUUUAAAUUCGGACAGAAGAGGAAAAGAGAAAGGCUCAUUUUUUUACUAGCUUAAGUCUGUGAGAAUGAAAAUGAGAAAUAGAGUGUUUGUUAAAAGGGACAAGUAUUUGAUUGGUAAGCAUUUAUACCGAAGAAAUAUUUUUAUUUCAAAGAAUUAUACAAUUUUUUAUAUUAUGCUUCUUUCGAAUUUUUAUCAAUUCGAUAUUUAAAUUAUUUGUUUGUCAAAUUUAUAAAUUUUCCCACUGUAUUUUAAUAUUUCUUUCGAAGAAUCGCACAAGAAAGAAUUAUAAAAAUACUUUUCAACAGAAUCAAGUAGCCUUUAAGUAGAAAUUUUUUUUUUCUUUCAUCAAUAAUAUUAAUUUUCGGCUUUAGUAAUCUUAGCCUAUCUAAUGCUUCGUCUCUUGAUACAUGUAAAGUAAGAUAGCAAAGGAAUCCAUAACGCGUACCUUGAGCACACCCUGAAGCCUAAUGUAUCAAUUGCAGUAGAAACAUUUAUGAUCGGUUCUUGCAACAUUCUACAUUAUCUUAAAAUAACUGAAUAAUUUAAUUAAUUAUUGAAAAUAUGUUUUAAAAAUUAAAUUUCUUUAUUAAUUAUCAAAAAAUAAUUCUAAAUAUAAAAAUAUAAAAAAAAUAAAACAUGAAUUUUUUAUUAUUUUGGGCAUGUUCAAGAACCAGUCACAAAACAGUACCAAAAAUAAUUGUUCCGACGUAUGAGUUCAUGUGAAUUGCUUUUAAAUAUGAAACGAUAUAAACCCGUAUAUAUAUAUAUAUAUAAUUUGUACAUAAAGAGAAAACAUGUAUUCGUUUAUAGAUACUGUACACUGAACAUCUAUCUCGUAUCGAAUUUGUUUAAAUUGAACAAAAAGAAUAUGUACCUAGACAUUGCUUCAGUUCUCGAUUAAUUACUUCGGGAAUGAGGAAAGUGCUUGACUUUAAAACGCGCAAUAUUGGAUUUGCGCACUUUAACUUGGCGAUGGCGUUGGUGUUGUUGAGGCCAACUGCGCGUUGACAACUGAUUUAUGCACAUCGGAGAUCGAUUUUCAAAUUCAUUUUUUUAAAUAUUUAAAUAUUGCACGCAACGGGGUAAAAACUUUCGUCAAAGAAAAAUCGAUUUCUUUCCUUUCCGUAUUUUUGCAUUGAAAGCAAAUUGUCAUUCGUUUUAUGUUUGUCUCGUAUCGUUCUGAAAAUCAAUAAAUUCAAAAUUUUAUAAAUUCAAUAAUAUAAAUUGAUUGAUUGAAUUUCGAAUUAAAUAAAAAAUUUAGACUCAGAUCAGAUUACAAUUACAGUAAUGACUCAAUGAUAGACGCAUUUUUGCAUCUGUAGUAGAGAAUUAUCCGCACCAUGCAAUUUUUGACGUCAGUCAAACACUUGAAUGUUUUCUAUUCACUAUUUAUUCUAUCUCAUUCAAAUUUAUUUCUCAUUUUUACUAAAGAAUGAAGUCUUAUUUCUCAGAAUACCUACGUCCAUUUUUAAUAGAUGCAACGCGAUCAUGACGUGUGUUUAUUAUCAGGGUAUUACUGUAUAUAGUACUUUUCGCACGGUUGGCCUAACAGCAUGUGUUUCACAAAUCAAAAUAUCAUUAAAAAAACGUCGUGAUUUAAACCGAAAACCAUAUCCAGUGACCUGACACCUUGUUUCGAGUUGAUGAAUUUGAAGAAACAGCAAUAAAUCAAACAUCCGACAGAAAGAACAAAAUAUAUUGAUCUUUCGCGUGUAUUUAAAAUACAUCGAUACAAUACGAUCGAAA